AUGGGCGGCGACGAUUUGGAAUCUUGUGCGAGCCCCGGCAGCGGCGAAGAUCACGAACUGCUCGGAUGUGACAGCCGUUCUCCCGAAUCAGAUGAACAACUCAGCCUGCCAAAAUGGGUACAUACAGAGCGGGAAAGCCUCGUCAAGCGCUACUUCGGGCUGCUGUGUCGAGUUACUAACGAGGUGUGGGAGCAUCGUCUCACUUGCAAGAUAUUGUACAUGACCCUGGCGUCCAUGUUCGCUUUGGCAACUUUCUUACUGGGGAAGAAUUUUGAUUCAAUGUUUUCGGGCUCUAGAAACCAGUCGGAUCAAGCUCCAGUUUCACCAUUCAGCGGUGCCUUUGCGAGGUUCCCCGGUGUGAAUGACUUGCCGUCGAGACAACGUCGGAUAACGCUGGUCGGGGUGUGGGAAGACGACUAUUUCGCACCAUAUCUGCGGCACUUCUACUACACCGUCCAGAAGAACGCUGACUCGGUGGAUCUUUUGCUUAUCAACCGGUUAAAGACUCCCGACAAAUCGUGCAUGGACUUUGACGGGGCCGGGGUGAACAUUACCUGGGGAAACAACAUCAAAGUCGUCUGCAUGAGCGACGACGAAUAUAUUCGUCGACAUGUCGAUUUCAUGUGCUCCCAAACGUUCGGCUGGGGUUGCAAUGCAACCGAGCAUGCCGAAGUCACCGCGGAGUGGUCCAACCGCGAGGAUUACCGCAACUACGAAUGGCGCCCCUUUCUUGGCUAUAUGAUGAAGGACCUGUUUCAGAGUUCGCAGAAUCCGUUCUGGGCCUGGGUGGACCAGGAUCAGCUCUUGGGAAACUUCGCACGAUACCCGUUCAAUCUUCUGUCGCAGCUCUCACUCGUCACGGGGCGAGAACGCAUGCCUGACGCGCUGUUCAUGGCGGGACAGCUCACAGCGUUCAAUUUCGACGACCAAGCUCUGGGGUCCGCCUGGAAGAGGUUCCCUGGCUUGAAAACCCCGGCUCACUUCACUCGGUACAUCGAUGGGAAAUUUCCCAAUUCACCCGAGGAGCGGUACUGGAGCGAGGGCUACCUCCAAUCGGGAGACGACCUGCCAGGCUCGGAGCUCUCUUGGGCCAUAUAUCCCGAUCUGCAUGGCGACGACUACCUUGAUGGAAAAUGGGGAACGAGAAAUGCCAGUCAGACGCAUGUCAUAUCUGGUCGUGAGGUGUUGCAGUUGGAUAGGACGUUCACGAGGGAGGAGAUCGAACAGCUCAUCCUAACGGAGAGGCACUCUCCCAUUGACAAUUUAGGCGGCGUUGGGUGGACUGGAGGUGUGGACGGUUCCGCGUACUUGAUUAAUCAACCACGUCUCAACCCUGAGGAAGCCAAAGCUCUCGCGGUGAAGGAUGCUCAAGGCAAGGGCGGCAACAUGGCCAUCCAUACAGGCGUCGUCGACAUUCAGGUCAUAUCCACCAACUGCACAGUCGAACCCAAGUUCGUCACACAAUGCAUUGACCUCCAUCCCCUCACGAGAUCAGAACCUCCGAUCUACAGACAGAGCGUGGUGCGUCUGAAGGAACAGCCACCGAUGCAUGUGCUCCGACGGCUCGAGCUGGAUGAUAGACCGCGGGGAUACGAGCGGAAACUGCUUGUUCACCAUUUGUUCACGCUCUCGAGAGGGAACAAGUGGUUCGAGCUCCCGCCGUUCGACAUCACCGAUGAUUUGGUGUUGAUGUGCAACAACGAUGCGGUGCAGGUGUUCAGAAUGGGUGAAAAUCGCGAUCAAACUCUGUUUUAUCGAGCGGAAGACGAAGACAACAUUGGUUAA